AUGGCAACAGUUACAACUGUAAAACCUAGCGCUCCUCCUGCGGAUGUUCCUGAAGAAAAUCUUCUUCCUGGUGAGCACACUUUACCAGCAUCUUGGUGGACAUCGGAGAAAAUCUUUGAGUUGGAGCAGCGGGCUAUUUUCAACAAAUCUUGGCUUUUCUGUAUCCAUGAAUCUCGGUUCAAGAAGGCUGGUGACUAUUUUGCGUUUUCGUUCACUGGGAUCAAUUUUUUUCUUAUCAAGUCAAAGGUAGACGGAAGAAUCAAAGCGUUCCAUAAUGUGUGUCGGCACCGUGCUUAUCCCGUAGUCAGAAAGGAGCUGGGAUCCUCGGUGGUUUUGGGAUGCAAAUACCAUGGGUGGUCGUACAAUAGUGACGGAAUGUUGACCAAGGCACCGCAGUUUGAAAAUGUUCAAGGGUUCAAAAAAGAAGAAAAUUCUCUUUUUCCAAUUAAAACCCAUGUUACAUCGCAUGGUCUUGUGUUCGUCAACUUUAGUGCCACUGACGACGAGGAAUCUGGGUACCUUCCGUUUGAAAAAUUCUACCAAGGGUUGAAUUCGGAGCUCGAUGAGUUUGAUUUUUCAGAUUACGAGUACCACAUGUCCUAUGAAUUGGAUGGCCAAUUCAACUGGAAAACGUUGAUGGAUGGAUACCAGGAAUGCUACCAUUGUCCCACGGCUCACCCAGGACUCAAUUCUGCUUUCAAGAUGGAGACCUAUAAGGUUGUCCCCAAGACGAGAUACUGUCGUCACUAUGCUGAAAUUGUCCGCAACGAAGAAGCACCUGCUCCCGAGCCAGAAACCGAGGAAAAUGGCAGCUGGUUUGGAUUUGGCAAGAAAAAGGAACAAGAACCCAAAAAGAAGACUAAUGUUGGUGGAGAGUUCGAUGGAUUGUGGGUCUACCUUUUUCCCUCCAAUGGGAUCAACUGUUAUUCUCCAGCGUGGUACUCGAUUCGAGUUCUCCCCAUUCUGGCGACCCACACCAUCUUGCAGUACGACAUUUAUACCAAGAAAGGGUUGGACGAAGCCACCAAAAAGGAAUUUGUCGAUUUUUUGCAGCUAGUGGAACUUGAAGAUUUCAACUUGUGUGAAAACACGCAAAAGAACCUCAACAAGCGUGUGUAUUCGACGGGAUACUUGCACCCCACCAAGGAACGCGGGGUGUUAUAUUACCAGGGUUUGGUAAGGGAUAUGGUGAAACAACAUUAUGCCAAAGAGCAGGAACUUGGUAAGCCCAUUAAUCCUGCAUUUGUGGGGCAGGCUGCGAGCGACCCCAAUGUGCAGGAGCUCGAUGCGAUUUGCGAUCAGCUUGAGUGCGGCAAGUCGACGGUUGAGUGGUGA